UACCAGCACGAGGUUGACAGAAUCAAGGAGGCUGUGAGACAGCGAAACCUCGCUCGUCGCGGUCACGGAGCCCAGGUCGCAAAACCCAUCAGAGGUCAUGGAGGUCACCAGGCACAGGCGGCGCCACAGGGCAUCCGCGGCGGAGGCGCGGUGAACGGCUCCACCCCGCUACCUCAGAAAGUUACAGCUAACAGUCCCAUGAAUGCAGAGAUUAGUCCUGUGACGGCAGCACACAGCCCCUACCGGCGCAGUGCAG